GGGCGGGUGUUCUACUGUUAAUUUUCUACCUUUUUAUUUGCAUUCAUGAGAAGACUUGAUUUGCUUGAAGUCUUGAUUGUUUAAUGGCAAGAAUCACCGUCUCGUAUCACAUUGCCUGAUCAAACCUGUUAUAUAUUCCGACACUUGCAAGAAGAAGCUAUAGCUAGUCAUGGUCAAUGAAUAGUUUAUGAAAAACAAACAAGGAAUAUGGCAUCUAAUCUGUUUGUAUUAUUGCUUGACUGGGGAAAUCAAAGCCAUAUUGGACCAAUCAAGCUCUUCAUGGCUGUGAGUCCCACACCAAUCCCUUUCGCUGAUGGAAGGGGCCAGAGCCCAGCCAAUGGCCUGCUUCAAGCUGACUUCCUUCCCUCAAACACUUUACAUUGACUCCUGUUUCCUCUUCUCUUUGUGUCUGAAGCAACCGAUACACAGGAUGUUUAUCAGAAGCAUGUAGAGAUAAUAAAAGAUAAAUAAUGGAUUCUUUGAGGAACUCCAAAAAGCUCCAGUAUGAUUCAGCAGAAACUAGAAAUGUAGCUACUAGACCUGCAGAGUUUCUGAAACAAAAUCCUUCUAGUCGCGCUUUGAAUUACUCUAUUCAAACUGGUGAGGAGUUUUCAUUUGAAUUCAUGCGAGAUAAGAAUGUUUCCAGGAGUCCUUGCAUUCCAAAUAUUUCUGAACAUCAAAUCACUAGCUCUAGUUCUGUAGAUUUAAGACAAAGGCGAGCCAUAUCUAAUGCAGCCGGACUUCAAACUGUUUCAGAUUCUCCCAUUAGUGCCACUGAAAAAAGAGAAUUGUGCAAAGAAAUGCAGAAGAAAGUAUUUCUUGAAACCAAAAACAGUGAUCAGGUAGCAUUAACAAGGACAGUAUCUCAUGCCUCAGCCGGAAGCAAUAGUACUUAUCGGGGAUUUAACAUGAGGUAUGCAUCAUUAAAGAGCACACCAACAAGAGUAAAAUCUCUUUGCAGUUAUGGUGGUAAAUUUCUACCUAGACCCAGUGAUGGAAAGCUGAGAUAUGUGGGAGGUGACACACACAUUAUCCAAUUGAGCAAGGAUAUGCCCUGGAAAGAACUCAUGAAAAGAGCAAAAAGAAUGUUCAAUCAAACUCAGACAAUCAAGUAUCAAUUGCCAGGUGAGGAAAUUGAUGCUCUAGUGUCUGUAUUCUGUGAUGAAGACUUGCAGCAUAUGAUUGAUGAGUUCAUUGUUCUAGAAUACAAUCAGAUAGAACAAAAGCCCAGGAUGUUCCUGUUCUCCUCAGAUGAUAACGCACAUGUCACUCUUGGCACCAUGGAAGGAGAUUCUGAAACUCAAUUUCUUGCAGCAAUCAAUGGUUUUGAUGUAGCUGAGAAAACUUCGAGUUGCGAUGUUUUGAUAAGAACAUCAGCUAGUGGGAUGGACCAGUCCCUUAUUUUUAGUGUUGAACUUGAUGAAGUUAAAAGAAAGAACAAGGCUGAAACUCCAUACUCUUCCAUCCAUCAUCAUGACAAUUUCAGCAGUGACGAAAAUGGAAUUCAAUUUUCUUCAUCUGUGCCAUCUAAUUAUGAGCUGCUGAUCCAUCAUCAGCAAGAUGCUGACAAAAAGGAGGUGACACCUCAAUCAGAACAAAAAUUUUCUUCACCAGUGCAGUUACAUGAUGUUUCAGUUUCACAUUUGCAACUUGAAGCACUCUAUGGUACUCCAGCACCAGAUUUUAUAUCCCCAAAUCAUCAUAUGAAACAUUUGGAAACUCGUGUAUCAUUGCCACUUGAUGUCCUUAGUGCAAUCAAGAGCUCUCCUAAAGAACUUCCCCAACCUUGCAUAUGUUCUAGAGUUACUACUGGAUGUUCUGAUAAUAAGCCUACAGUAGUUGGCCUUGACACUGAAGAUCCACUCUCAAUGCUGUCAAGAGCAUUUUACAAGGACCAGAUGACAUCAAAGCAGGAAAAAAUAGAAUUUCAGCUAUCCAACUCUAAGGAUCAAAUUGGUUAUCAAAGGCCAACACAUGAGCAAUUCUCCUAUCAGAAAAAAGAACUAGGUGAAGUUUUACAUUCUUUACCUGAAGAAGAUAUGGUUACUGAGUCUGGUAACUUAACCAUUGCUGGAAAAUCUCCAAAAUCUAAUCAAUCCAGUAUUAGGGAUGAGUUGAGAGAAAAUCAGAGGUAUCGAGCUUCUGUUCCAGUUAUCCAAACAAAUCGGAUUGAGCUUGAAUCUACAAUGUCGAGAUCAGAUAAUUCAGUUUCUUUCAUGCAAUCUGAAAAUUCAAGUUAUAGUGAAAGUAACCAAGAAGAUGUUACUUUGGCAUAUGAUUUAGCAUCCAACGACAACAAGAAGGUUAAAAUGGGCUACCAGUUUCAGCAGCAGUUUGAUAAAAACAGUAGGAACUCAAGUUCAUCCAUGGAUGAUGAGAAAGACCCUUUAAAUCAGGGUAGGAUCUGGAAUGCAUCUGACAGGACCAGAAGCAUAGAUAGUUCCAGUUCUGAUGGUAAGACAAGUAUUUCCAAAGUGUAUUCACAAGAACUGGUUGGUGAUGGAUCAGAUGCAGUGAAACAAGCAUCUCUGCCAUUAAUCCUUGGAAGCAUUCAGAAACAAAAGGAAAGAACUGCAGUUGUUCCUCAAGGAAAUUGUUCUCCUUCCCCUAAAGAACACAGCCACCAUCUAAACUCUAGUAAUUCUCAGUUUAUCUAUGAGAUAGGUUCCAUUUCAAUUCCGAAGGUUAAAUCUGCUAAAGAGUUCUCUAAUUUAAGUACCUCCAGCACCCAUGGUAUCAUAAAUGACUUGAAAAUGCCAAGUAAUGAAUGCCAGUCUCCUCUUAUGAAUCUCUGCCAUGAUGAGUUAACCAGUGAAGAACCUACACUUAAAAAACAGCCUCAUGAAACACCUUUUCUGAUGAAAGUCUCUUCUUUAGAACAUAGGGAUCUUGGCAUGAAGAAUCCUCAUGUUGAUUUUGAUGAGGUGGAGAGUUCCCUGGCAAAUGUCGGAGAACACUUAAGAACAGCUCUUACGGAAUAUGAGGAAAUUGCUUCUGAUAUAAAGGAAGUGAAUGAUCCUGGUCCUGAUACUUCCACGGAAAUCCCAAGUCUAAGAAACUUGCAGCGAAUUAAUAAUGAAGAUCUUGAGGAACUGCGGGAACUUGGUGCUGGGACAUUUGGAACUGUGUACCAUGGAAAGUGGAGGGGCACAGAUGUGGCCAUUAAGCGGAUAAACAGGAGUUACUUUAUAGGUCAUUCGUCUCAGACAGAAAAAAUGAUCUCUGGGUUUUGGCGUGAAGUCGGUAUCCUGUCGAAACUUCAUCAUCCAAAUGUUGUAGCCUUUUAUGGUGUUGUGAUGGAUGAACAAGGAGGAACAAUGGCAACUGUGACAGAAUAUAUGACCCAUGGAUCUCUCAAGCAUGUUUUACGACGCAAGGAAAGGCAUCUUGAUUUCCGUAAGAGGCUGCUAAUUGCUAUGGAUGUAGCUAUUGGCAUGGAAUAUCUGCAUUCGAGGAAUGUUGUACAUUUUGAUUUGAAAUGUGAUAACUUGCUUGUAAACUUCAAGGACUCAUCAAGACCUAUUUGUAAGGUAUGCGAUUUUGGAUUGUCGAAAAUGAAACUCCACACUAUGGUUUCUGGUGGUGUGAGAGGAACACUUCCAUGGAUGGCUCCAGAGUUGCUCUAUAUUAGUAGCAACAAAGUUUCUGAAAAGAUCGAUGUAUAUUCAUUUGGCAUUGUCAUGUGGGAGAUUCUCACGGGUAAAGAGCCUUAUGAGGAUAUGCAUUAUGGAGAAGUAAUAGGUGGUCUUUUGCAUAACACAUUGAGGCCAAUUGUGCCUGGUUCAUGUGACAAAGAUUGGAGAAUUCUAAUGGAACAAUGCUGGGCAGUUGAUCCUGAGCAAAGACCAACAUUCACACAAAUUGCCAGCCACCUAAAAUCAAUGUACAAAGGCCAUCAAAUCAGGGAAUAGAAAUGAUUCAGAAAAGAAAAUUACAUAACUCAUUGUUGUGGGUGUGUGUACUAUAUAUAUAUAGUACACUGAAGGUAUGCCUGAUUGUUAAAGAUUCAUAUAGCCCCUUGUGAGGAUGUUGUGCUUGAUAUAGCAAUGCCUUUCUUUUUUUUGGUGACCCAUAUGUCUAUUCUGUUCGUAUUUAUUUCUCCGUUUGGUGGGUUUACAUGUUAAAGUUGUAACACACGAUGUUGCUGUUAAGAUUUAAAUUCAAUAAAGUGAUCUAAUUUAUGUUUUAA